GUCGCGAGGACUUUUCUCAGUAAUGUUACGUGUGACGACGAUAACAAAGCGGUCUUAAUUCUAGUACUGAAAAGGAGGGCCAGCCACAAGUCAUACCUUUGAAACUGCCGUGCUGCGCGGUAUGAUACAAGCUGUGAGGGCUCCCUGCCAGGCAGCUGAAGAGAGCGCGUCUUCCUGUGUGUGGCAGUGACACUGGGACCUGCACUGGCAUUAGUGGCCCACAAUGUCGGACGGCACCAAGCUGCUCAAGCAGGCUGCCAUGCAGAUAGCUGCAGGUGGCUCUGCAGGAUUUGUGGAAGUAUGCAUCAUGCACCCUUUGGACCUGGUGAAGACACGAUUCCAACUGCAGGGAACGCGCCAUGCGGCACCUUCCCUGGCUGGCAGCGUACAGCACUACCACUACACAGGUAUCCUCGACUGUAUGCGGACAAUGUACCGCCAUGAGGGUUUUUUCUCCUUCUGGAAAGGCGUCAUACCACCCGUACUUGUCGAGACACCAAAGAGGGCAGUGAAGUUUUUUACAUUUGAACAAUAUAAGCGGUUCUUUUUAUUUGGCGCUCCGGCACCUACACCAAUAACAUUUUCCUUGGCAGGUCUGUGUGCUGGCAUUACUGAAGCAAUUCUGGUUAAUCCAUUUGAGGUUGUCAAAGUGACACUCCAAUCUAAUAGGUCACAUCUCAAAGAAACCCCUAGCACAUGGUCUGUUACCAAGGAAAUAAUCAGAACCCAGGGGUUGGGGCUCCGUGGAUUGAACAAAGGAGUGACUGCAACUAUUGCUCGCAAUGGAGUCUUCAAUAUGGUUUAUUUUGGCUUUUAUCAUUCAGUCAAGGGAUUACUUCCAGAAUUUCAUUCUCAUGAAUUGCAGGAUUCAGUGCAGGAGUUUCUACGCAAAGUGGGUAUCGGCUUUGUGUCGGGCACUCUAGCAUCCUGUGUCAACAUCCCAUUUGAUGUUGCCAAGAGCAGGAUCCAAGGUCCUCAGCCAGAACCCGGUGUCAUAAAAUACCGCACGACACUUGCAUCGAUGGUAAUUGUUUACAAAGAAGAGGGAUGGAGAGCACUUUACAAGGGAUUGUUACCGAAAGUCCUCCGCCUUGGUCCUGGUGGAGCUAUUAUGCUGGUCGUUUAUGACUACAGCUAUAACUACCUCAGUACCAGAUUCCCCGAUUAGUGUCUGUCGCACGCUGUAUCAAAACCUAGCCCUUACCUAAUUCUUUUUCCAUGCCUAACCUUUGCUUAAUGCCAUGAUCUGCUAUUAGAAGUGUGCAAAUAUCUGUCGCAUUGAUUACAUAUAUUCACUUUAGCGUACUGCUACACUAAACAACACUAAUAUUUGAAACCUGACUUUCUUUUAUAUCCUUUCAGAAUAUUAAGAAAUUUGUUAACUACAAGUUAGAGCCAUAUAUUUAUUAAUUGCAACUUUAGUGUACGUAAUAAUGUCUUCGUAAUCCCAAAUGUACACAGAAACCCCUCUACCCAUAAAACCAAAAAUGUUACCUUACAAGCUGCAAAAUGGCAUCUGUUUCCUUCUUUUCUGUUAUAGUUGUUUCUCUUGCAAAAGCGAGAAUCCAGUGAUAUAGGCAGCAAUUAUAAAAAUCUGGACAGCUGUAAAUUAUACCAAUCCAUUUCGUUUAAAUUACAGAACAUGAACUGAGUCAAGGAAAAAAAACAGCCCAUUAGUUAUUUGUUGGUCUAAAAUAACAACUUAUAACAUAAAACACAACUUUUCUUCCUUUGAUAAUGCAUUGGUCAGUUCACCAUAGUUUUACCUCUGAUUUUUCUUUACUGCCAAUAGUUAGAGCAACAGCAGUUCAAGAUUUAACAUCAAACUUUAUGAUGACAUUUUUCAAAGUUUCCAUUUUCUUUUACUUCUAGAAAAUUACUAUUUUUUAUUCAAGAUUAUAUUUAUCCAUAACUAAGUUAACUCUGCUUCAGAAAAAAGUAAAUAAAUAAAAAAUUUAUUUUAAGAUAUGAAACAGAAGUAAUAUAGCAGCAGUUUGAUUCUUGUAUGUUGUUGAUAACUUCCUGUGCUAGUAAUGCUCCUUGUUUCAAAAGGUUCCAAAUAAAACCUGCUCUAAAUUUUUUACUGCAGCAUCUACAAGAAUAAUGAAAUGUAUGAAUUAUACUAGUCAUCAAAUACUGAAUUUUAAAUGCUGGUCAUGUAACAUUCCUUCAGAAUUAAUAAUUUUAUUUACACAAUUAAGAAACUAUAUUUGAACAGGCUAAGCUAGUGUACUGAGGAUCUUUUAAUUCCUGCUUUCUAUAAGUAAUUUUGUUAAGUUUGGGAGCAGAGUUUAUAUUUAAAAAAUUCUUUUUGUGGAAUUUGACAGCAAUAAUUUCAGGAAAUUCUAGUCAGUAAAAUCAUACUGAUCUGAAUAUAUAUUGAUCUGAAUAUUUUUACAAUGCUAUUAUUAUUAGGCAGAUCUAUCUGUGCAUCACUUAUUCAUCUGACACUCACUAGUGACAAUCAGGAUUUUUCUAUUUCCAUGUCAUCACAAGCCAGUGAAAUUUAAAUGCAGGCAUGACACAUUUUAGUCCUUUUAAAGUACACUCUACAUCCAAGUCCCAGUUUCAUCAUCCAUGUGUUCACUUUUGCCGUGUUUCGUUUGGCUGUUUCUUUCUUGUAAAUGUCUUACAAUUCACUUGGUAUGAUCCCUUGUGCUCGUGCUGUUUUUGCAGAAAAUUUGUUAGGAUGUUAAGGUAUUUCCAUGUUUGACAAAUGUCAAAUUUUCUUCCUGAUACCAAAACAGCUCCUAUGGAGUGGUGACAAUUUGUGUGGAUGCUACAAGUGUUCUGGAAUAGUGUGUGUGUAUGUGGCUUGCUGGAUUUGCAACCUGUGUAAUGGCAAGAUGAUAGGUUUGCUUAUGAAGUUAACCUGAAACAUUAAAAGAGAAAUACAAAACAUAUCAAUUGUACCUGUUGCUCAUAAGAGCUAAGGAAAAGGCAUUUUAUUGUAUCUCAAUUAAUGAAGUAAAGACUGAAGAGCUCCAUAAUUUGUGAUGCUAUUUUAAACUAUGUGAUGUUCUAUUUAGUUUUAUCAAGAACUGAUGAUUAUGUUUAUUUUUGCAGUAUAAACAAAAUUUUGGAAAUUCAUGCUAUGAGUGUAACUAAGAUAAUUAACUACCCAUAUUUUAACUGUCUUGCAAGGGUGGUUAAAAAAAGUUAUAAUGUCGAUUGUCUUAGAAUUGAAUGCUCAUGUUGCCAAAGUUACUGGAUACACAAAGCAUACAAGUCUCAUUUUUGUACAUUGGGAUAUAGAAAAACUGUUUGAAGUGUCUGUAAUCUUAAGUUUUUUUUCUCAAUUUAAACUAACAUAUUUUGCAUGUAAAAGGAAAAGCUAAUUGUCUUGGUACUAAUGCAUAAAUAUUUUGCAGAUAGUCAUCAUUUUAUGUUUAUGUAGGAACAAUUGUAUUUGUUAUUAGUUUUCAGUUUUAAUUACACUUGCUGUAAAUUCAUAAAUCUUUAAUGAGACACAAUAUAUGGAACAAAAGUUCCUGAUUUAAUUUUGAGACAGAAAUGACAGGUACAGGGAAGAUCAAUUCAGGUGUUUGUUCUUAAAAAGCUUGAUCAUUUUUCAAGAAAAUUUUGAAAGAUGGAAUGUUGUGCUACUAAGUAUUGAGUCUAAAAAUUAACAAAACACCAUUUUGGCUUUUAUCUAUCGAUUUAUAUAAUGUUCCUCAUAGAGAUCGAUACUGUUUAGUGCACAGAGAUAGAUAGUUGACUGAUAGAUUUGUAGGUGUCAUAAGAUUAUUGGUUAUAUUACUGAGGGUAAAGUGCCUGCAAAUGAAUGAAUAUAAGAUGUGAUAUGCACUGGAACUAACACACAGAGAAUGAAAAGUAAAUAGUUAACCUUUUCACAAAUCAUGCUUCCGUUCUGUACUAUUGUUUCUUUGUGCCAUUUACUAAGACAUUUGUUUCUGAAAACAUUAUCAAACUCAUAUGCUCAAGUUCUAAUAUGUGUUUAUAUGGGCUGCUACUGUAAAACAAAGCAAUGUUUAAAAAACACAGCAGAUAUUUCACAUUUAUCAUAAUGAUGACUUUAUAGUAUGUGCCUUAUCAAAGUGUUUUGACAAAUCUCUUAUUCUAUCUUUAGGCAUAACAUUUGUUAUUCUUUACAAAAUAAGGACUGUGCCAAACUUAUAUAAGUCUGAUGUGGAUCUUCACAAUAUUAAGCCAAAGAGUUAAUAACUUGCUUAUCAAUGAUCAAACUUUUGAAAGUUAAUAAUAGACACAAUAAUAGCACUUGGCAAAAUUUAAUAAUCACCAACAUGGACAAAAAUGAAGAAAAAUAUGCAGGAUAAUUUAUGUUGAAGUGACAAGCUGAAAGGAUGUGCCCAGGCAGGAAGAUGUCAGAUUCUGAGAAAAAACUUGCCAUUUAUUUUAUUUUUUGCCUGGGAGUGAAUGACCUUGCCUGUUUGUUUUGUUCUAAAAGAUGGAGAAAACUUUAUUUUUGUCAAGUGCAGUCAUUCUAUCUUUCACUCAGUUUGAGCAGUCUUACUUGACAUGUAUGUUAUGCUUUAUAUAUGUUAAUGAUUUGCUCUACUGCCUUAUAAUUGAUGCAAUUAAUUCUGUGAUCAUCAGUUGACAGGGGCUACUGUAGAAGGUGUAUGCAUUGAACAUUGUUGUACUGUUAAAGUUAUGAAAACAUUUUUAUAUUGUGUUGUACAAAACUGCAGUGUACUUUGUGGGAACAUAAAGAAUUUUCUGCGCUACAGAA